CCGUGAGCGUUCUGUCGCAUCGCAGCCUAUGGGCGCCGCUGCCGGCCGGAAAAGGGCGGGGCGAAUCCGUCCGAGGCUUUAUAAGGCGAGGCCCGUUCCGCCGGCCGGCCAGUCUUGGGUGCCGCUCGGGGGCGGGAGGUGCUCGUCGCCAUGGCGACCGCGGGGCUCUCUCUCACGCGCUCCUUAGGCCAGGCCUGCGCCUCCUGUUGCCGCCGGCAGCAGCUCCUCCUUCCUCCCAAAGGGGCCAGGCGCCUACACCUCACCGGAGCCAGGAAUGAAGCGGUGGUCAUUUCUGGGCGGAAGCUGGCGCGGCAGAUCAGGCAAGAAGCCCGUCACGAAGUGGAGCAGUGGGUCGCGGCUGGGAACAAAAGGCCCCACCUCAGUGUGGUCCUAGUUGGCGAAAAUCCUGCAAGUCACUCCUAUGUACUGAACAAAACCAAAGCGGCAGCUGAUGUAGGGAUCAGCAGUGAAACGAUCCUCAAGCCGGCUUCCGUCACUGAGGAGGAGCUCCUUGAUUUAAUCACCAAACUCAACCGUGACUCCAACGUAGACGGCCUUCUUGUGCAGCUCCCUUUGCCCGAACAUAUUGAUGAGCGAAAGGUCUGCAAUGCUGUGAACCCCGAAAAAGACGUGGACGGCUUCCAUGUGGUGAAUGUGGGCCGGAUGUGCCUGGACCAAUACUCCAUGCUGCCAGCCACACCGUGGGGCGUGUGGGAGAUCAUCAAGAGGACAGGAAUCCCCACCCUGGGCAAGAACGUGGUUGUGGCCGGCCGUUCGAAGAAUGUCGGGAUGCCCAUUGCUAUGCUCCUUCAUACUGAUGGCAGGCACGAACGUCCCGGAGGGGACGCCACCGUAACAAUCUCUCACCGCUACACUCCCAAAGAGCAGCUCAAGAAGCACACGAUCCUUGCUGACAUUGUGGUUGCAGCUGCAGGUAUUCCUAAUCUGAUUACAGCAGAUAUGAUCAAAGAAGGAGCUGCCGUUAUCGACGUCGGCAUAAACAGAGUCCAGGAUCCAGUUACCGCCAAACCAAAACUUGUUGGAGAUGUGGAUUUUGAAGGAGUAAAACAGAAAGCCAGCUACAUCACUCCAGUCCCCGGCGGGGUUGGCCCCAUGACUGUGGCCAUGCUCAUGAAGAACACCAUCAUCGCUGCCAAGAAGAUGCUGAGGCCUUCGGAGCUGGCAGCCCUCAGCGCUUAAUGCUUAAUGUGGGACUUGAUCUGGCGAAAAAGCAACAUUCCUUGCUGCUCCCCAAACACAAGUGGAAAAGCCAUGCAAUAUUUAUUUGUUGAAGGAGGAAAGUUCAUUGGACAGAUAUUUAUUUGCAGCGUAUUGUGCCAAGGCAGAAUGUGUCCUCAUGCAGAGCGCGGUGUGCGAAUCCUACCGUUCCAGCAGCUGCGCCUUAAGUAACCAUGUGCCAGCUUGAGGAUGCGUCUGCUUCUGAUGCGUAACUUAAGGGCCAAGAAUGGAUGGGGAGCGUGCAAAAGGCAUUAGUAUGUAUUUGGUGCAAGGUCAACUAACAAACCUCAGAUGAAUUUAUUUUCUACAAAGUCUUAUUUAUAUGGCAUUUUAAUAAGCCCUUCUAACAAAGCGAUUUCUAGUUUGUUUUGAGUACUCUCUGAUCCUGUACGUUUUUAAAAGGAUGGAGUGGUCUUAAAUGCUAAGUGGUGCUUAAGGCAUAGUGUUAAGAAAUCUGGCUGAAGUUCGUCAGGCCUUGCUAAGCUUGCUUGCUUGCUUGCUCUUUUACACAGGCAGUUAGCAAACAUUGCGGGUUGUGUCCGAAUAAAAAGGAGCCUGUA